CAUGUUACGAGACGAGGAGCUGGUCGAGGAAAAUGAUUCGCAAGAACGUUCAGCUCAGAAUUCGAGAAACAGGAGUCGAGACGAUAACCGAGUUCUGGAUGUUAGUCCCACUCCGGGUAGGGAGAACUGGAGGCUCCGGGAGAGUAAGAGUACGACAGGAGAGGCGAGUGGUGGCGCGGAGGAGAGAAGAGGCAUGUCUAUGACAGACAUUUGGCCCAAGGACUGGGGUGUUUACAAUGAGCAGCCGGAACAAGACAGCUUGAACGACCCGAACUCCGGGCCUGAGCCGGCCACCACGCCGGCGGAAGUGAACCCGCCCGGCAAGCACCGGAACCACAGCCGCCCCAAACUGCGGAGUGGCCGCGCACUCUUGGGCAUCCUGACGUCGGGCAGGAGCUCGGCCCUCGACAUGCUAGAGCACACUGAGCCCUUCUGCCACUUGUGGAUCCUCCUCAGCUCUCUGUAUGGGAAGCUGGUGGUGGUCCUGAUGCUGGCCUUCUGCAUCACGGAAGUCAUGGACAACUCCAUCAAGUUGCUUAGCCUUCAGGGGAUAUUCCUGAUGUACCUGUAUGUGGGGAGUAUAGCCGUUAUCAUCUGCAUCUACAUCUGGGUGCUGAUUGACAGCUGUGCCUCGCUGAACUCCCAGAAUGAGGUAGCGUCAACACAGCGAGGAUCAGCGCCCGGCAAUGUCACGACAACAAUAGCGGGCAAUCGUGACGCCGAGAUGGGCGGCUUUCCUCUCACCAGGUUUGGUUCUUUGAAAAGGGCGCACAUUUCACGGGCCAAAACCUCGGGCACUAGCUUCUACCUGCGAGUUGGUGCACUGGCAUUUGGACUUGGAACAUUAGUGUUCAACGGCCUUGAGAUGGCAAUGCAUUCCAUGAUGGAAGGCGCCUGUCUGAAUGACGUUGUUUUUGUCCAUCCAGUGUUGCAUGGCCUCUUCACGUUCUUGCAGAUGCAUUUCUUGUUUGUUAACUCACAGGUGCUUGUGGAGAGAUUUGGCCUUGCAGCUCGAUUUGGUUUCAUGCACCUUGCAGCAACCAACUUGGCGCUGUGGGUCCGUCUCAUUGUGUGGGAGAGUGGAAAUGAGUGGACUUACUUUGUUCACCUGUCUCAAAGCAAUGGCAUAACAACGGGAGUCUCUAACAACAUUCCAACACCAUUACAGCUGAGGGGCUUCCCCCGUUCUAUGGUGGCCAGGCACCAGCGAGAUCUCUUCUUCAGCACCAAUGCAUCACUGCACUACAGCUAUCGACCGAUAUCGGAAUCCCACAUAUCUCAGGUCGUAGCACUGCACGAGUGCCUCAACACCAACUCUCUGGGUCAGCUCUGGACCUCUUCAAUGCCAUUUCUGUACCCAUUCAUUGUACAGUUCAGCUUAAUUGCAGCAGCCGUCACUUUUGUGAUGGGUCAGAAUGUAGGUAGAGGUCGCAUCUUCCUGAAACAGAAGAAACUGACCAACAGUCAUUCCAAAGGCUGCUCCAUUGCCUCAGCAGGUGAUCACAGUGUUCGCAGUACCUGGAGUGUGGACUGCGGUGGUGCCAGCAAAGGUCUCUUUCUAGGUAUCCUCUGUCUUGUUGCUGGUAUUGUUGUCAUCAUCAUCUUCCUGGUAGUUAAAGAAGAUGAGGAAUUCCCAGCAGAUACCAUCUUCUGGCUCACAACUGGAGCUCUGGCAGCCAUGCUUGGACUCUGUUGCAUCGUGACAAGUGUGGGGCUUGUCCAGAUACGAAGGCUGUCCACAUCGGGUCAGGAGCCAACUCCGCUCGACACCCUUCUGUCCACUGUCUCCACAACAGGAGUUCAGUUAUAUACUGUGUUUGGGAUAGUGGUAGGAGCCAGUGGACUUAGUAUUCACAGUACUACAGACAGUGGGGCUCCCCGCCGCCAUGCCAUGUUGUUAGCAGUCAGUGUCCUGCAACUCAUUCAAACCACAGGGCAGAGUGUCCUGAUAACCGAAGCUCUACGGCGUGCUACACUGACACGGCAUCAGAUGCUCACAAAGCCUGCAAGACAAGUGAUCACCUUCUUGCUCUGCAGUAACACCGUCCUGUGGGCAUAUGACACUUUUGUGACGCAGAGCUGGUUGUCCCAGGAACUUCAACUGCGAUUUUUUGGAGUUCUGGGAUGGGGAGUAAUUUCACGCAUUGGUCUUCCACUGCUUGUCUUCUACCGUUUUCACUCCUGUGUCCUUUUACUGGAGAUAUGGAAGCGCUCCUACAGAACGCCUCUCUUGGAUCCGGGAAACUGACGGUGGUGGGAGCAAUGGAGACGCCGGCAUGGAUCCACACACUCAAUGAGAGAAUUUCCACACGCUUGCAUACAUCAAUUCUCCACUCACACUCCGUCAGCGACAAGAAGGGGAAUUAUGAAGAGAGUAACACUAGCAGAUCAUGGAGGUACAGUAAGAGGGUGCAGACCACCGAAAUGCCUGUGUCUCCCUGAGUAUCCUUAUGUCCAUGGUUACAGUGCAGAAUCAGGUUACUUAGAGCCUCAUGCUGAUGCCAUCAGCUGGAUGUAUCUUGAUAACAGCACUGCAGUGGAUCACACAGGACCUAUGAUCUUAGAUUUAGAUUAUGCACUGCCUCCUCCGAGGAGAAAGAAACAUCACCAUCAUCAUGGACAACAUCACAGGAGCAAUCAUGAAUGGUCUAGCUCACAUAGCUCUUCAUGCAUAGUCACAGAAUGUGUAGAUUCAAAUGUGUUCCCAACCCAGAAUAUAUUUGAACUAUUUCAAAAUGCCAGCAGUGGAAAUACGCCAUUCAGAAAGGUGCCAUGGCAUCCCAACCUUCAUAUGCUCAAGUUCUGAUGCACAUGGCACUUAGAUAUUUUAAUCUUAUAUUUACAAACAAUCAAAAAUCUUUUAUAUAAACCAUAAAAAAUACUGGAAUAUACAUAAGGAAUGAAACACUCGGACUACAUUACAGGAUUUCUUUGCUCAGAGAUUCUCAUCUUAAUUUGAUUAGUUUCGUUCUGGUCCGUCACACUAAUAAUACUAUGAAAAAAGUUAAUUAGUUCCAUCCAGUGUGACUGGUUAAGAUUUUU